ACUUCCACAACCUAUCAAGCCUGCUUGACGUCACACGUGAACAAAGCGCGGCACCUCUGUCCCGGAAACGUGCUAACGUGCUAAAGCUAACAGCUCGAAGGUACGAUGUUCAUCGUCAAAAAGCGAAUCAAAUUCAGCCCGCUCGGCCUCGCUACGGCGAGGCUUCUCUCGUCAGGUCCCGCCGAGAACACUGUCGUGUUUCUGGACAUCGAGGCGGACGGUGAGCCGCUGGGGAGAAUAAUCAUCCAGCUUAAUGCAGACGUGGUGCCAAAGACUGCAGAGAAUUUCAGAGCUUUGUGUACUGGAGAGCAUGGCUUUGGCUACAAGGGGUGUGUGUUCCACAGGGUCAUACCACAAUUCAUGUGUCAGGGAGGAGAUUUCACCAAACACAACGGCACCGGAGGGAAAUCUAUAUACGGAAAAACCUUCAAGGAUGAAAACUUUAAGUUAAAACACAUCGGAGCAGGAACUCUAUCAAUGGCCAACUCAGGCCCAAACACCAACGGCUCCCAGUUUUUUAUCAGCACCACGAAAACCGAAUGGCUGGACGGCAAGCACGUGGUGUUUGGACGGGUAAUGUCAGGUAUGGACGUCGUCUCUAAAAUGGAAGCGUUUGGUUUACACGACGGCGGUGUGAUCAAGAAAAUAGUCGUGGCGGAUUGCGGGCAAGUGAAAUAGAUUUCCAGGUGGGACUUGGGAUAAAAGGACUUCUCCGAAUUGUUUGCAUCUUGUGUGUCUUCCUCGCUUCAUUCGUCUCGUGUGUUGACAAGUCCAAGGUGGUCCUUUUUAGUCCAAAUCUUCACAUUGUGCAAUUCCCCCGCCACUUCCUGCCAAAUAAACGUCCGAUGUUCCUGCUCUCCGAGGACAUUGGCUCGUGCCCCCGCUGCUUUGCAACCUUCCUGGAAAACAGCCAGUGGCUUUUUUUAGACACCAUCGCUUCCUGUCCAUCCCAGCAGGAAGUGACAUCAGGUGACAUCUACGCGGGGGGGGUCACAGCUCAUACGAGAGGCCAAGCGCUGCUGCUGCUUAUCAAGCUGAUACUUUAUGAAAGUAAAUAAUAGAGAUGUUUUUUACCCACAUACCCCCACCCCCCAAUAAAAAACAUCUGCACCCUGA